UCCCUGUCAGGACAGGGACUACUCAAGGAUCAUGAGAACCGCCAGGAUGCUACUUGAAUGGGUGAUACCAUGGCUCACUCUCUACCUUCCGCUAUCUGCAGCCAGCACUGCUACAGUUCAGAUGGUGACCAAAAUGCCAGUAAUUACAGAAAUGAGACUCGCUCAUAACAACCAGAUCUGCAGUACAUGGGGUAACUAUCAUUUCAAGACUUUCGAUAGUGAUUUCUUCCAGCUUCCCUCCACUUGCAACUACCUCCUUGCAUCCCAGUGUAAGGGAAGUUAUGACAGUUUCAAUAUCCAGUUAAAACGGCAGGAGAUGAAUGGGGUCACCACAAUUGAGAAGGUCACCAUGAAACUGGAGGGGGUCGCUGUGGAAUUAGCCAACACCUCCAUCAAAGUCAAUGAUAAACUUGUCACUAUACCAUUCAGCCAGAUUGGCAUUUCAAUUGAAAGAACUGUCUCCUAUGUGAAGAUCCAUGCAAAGCUGGGUUUGGUCAUCAUGUGGAAUGAAAAAGACGCCCUAUGGGUUGAGCUGGAUGCAAAAUUCAAGAAUCAGACAUGUGGCCUGUGCGGUGACUUUAACGGAAUACAGGUUUAUGAUGAGUUCAUCAAAACAGAAACAGGGGAGUCUGUAACUCCAGAAUAUUAUGGGGAGGCCUGGAAGGUCAAUGGUCCAACUGGAGUAUGUGAAGAAAUCUCCUCACCAGCCACACAGACCUGUGCAAGUGUAGCAAGCGAAAAUGGAUUUGCUGACCCACACAAAGACUUAUGUGCAAACCUGCUGUCAGGACCGGCAUUGCUCAGCUGUCAAAACCUGGUUGCUACUGACUCCUUCAUCGGAGCCUGUGUGAAGGACCUGUGCCGCUGUAAAAACAGUACUUCAUGCUUGUGUUCAACUAUAUCAGAGUACUCCCGUCAGUGCGCUCAUGCAGGUGGAAAACCACAGCAAUGGCAGACAGCACAACUGUGUGCAAAAACAUGCCCUUUCAACAUGGAGCAUAAGGAAUGCAGUAGUCCAUGUACUGACACCUGCAGCAAUCAGAAGAGAAGCCUUGUGUGUGAGGAUCACUGCGUAGAUGGAUGCUUCUGUCCAAAUGGGACUGUCUUUGACGACAUUACACAAAGUGGGUGUGUUGCUGUUGACACAUGCUCCUGCUUACACCAUGGCAAGCCGUACAAGCCAGGGGAAUCAUACUCAAGGGCAUGUCGAAACUGCACAUGUACCCAGGGUCAGUGGCACUGUAAAGAUAUUGACUGUCCUGGUGUCUGCUCAUUGCUGGGUGGCUCCCACGUCUCCACCUAUGAUGGUAAAACGUAUACUUUCCAUGGAGACUGCUCUUAUGUUCUUUCCAAGGAAACAAAUGGGACUUUCAGUAUCCUUGGUGACCUGGCCACAUGUAAAAGAUCAGAUAAAUCAACUUGCCUGACUGCAGUCACCCUACUACUGCCUAAAUACAUGAUGAUUGUAGUAGAAGCCAGCGGACAUGUUUCGUAUAACAAACUGAUCACUCAGCUGCCUCUUUUCAUGGAUGACAUUACAAUCUUCAAACCAUCGACAUUCUUUAUUGUUAUCCACACCAACUAUGGGCUUGAUCUUGAGAUACAGCUUUCACCCAUCAUGCAGAUCUACAUCAAAGCCAGUGUUUCCAAUAAGGGACAACUCACUGGUAUUUGUGGAGAUUUUAAUGAUGUGCAAGCUGAUGACUUCAGAACCACAAAUGGAUUAAUUGAGGGAACGGCUGGGACAUUUGUCAACACAUGGAAGACCAGGACAAGCUGCUCCGAUGUGACAAACAUACUUGGGGACCCCUGCCUUUUGAGCAUAGACAAUGAGAAAUAUGCCAAACAUUGGUGUGCCUUGCUGUCGGACCCAAAAGGGAUGUUUGCUAAGUGCCAUUCUGUAAUAAACCCAAAACGCUAUCAAGAUUCUUGUAUUUAUGACACCUGUGCCUGUGAUAACAGUGAGGAGUGCAUGUGUGCUGCCAUAUAUUCCUAUGUCCAUGCAUGUGCUGCUGAAAGUGUCUUACUUAAUGGAUGGAGAAACACCAUAUGCGAGAAAUACACGACCGGCUGCCCAUCUACUUUUGUGUAUGGCUACCAAAUGACAAGCUGUGGUCGCACCUGCCGCUCUCUUAGUCAGUCAGACUUAACAUGUGCGGUUGAAUUUACCCCGCUUGAUGGCUGUGGCUGUGCUGAAGGAACCUACCUGAAUGAGAAGGGUGAAUGUGUGUCAGCCUCACAGUGCUCCUGCCAUGUGGGAGACACACUGGUACACCCGGGGCAGGUCAUCAGCAUCCAAGGACAAACCUGCUCCUGUAAUAGUGGAGAACUAAGAUGUACAGGAAUCCAAAUAAGUGAAUCAUGCACCGAGCCAAUGGUUUUCUUCAACUGCUCAAGUGCAAAGCCAGGUGACACAGGAUCCGAGUGCCAAAAAAGCUGCCAGACACUGGACACAGAAUGUGUAAGUACACAGUGUAUGUCAGGCUGUGUAUGUCCUGCUGGCCAGCUGUCUGAUGGUAAAGGAGGCUGUAUUACAGAGGAGAACUGUCCCUGCACAUAUAAUGGAGAAUACUAUAAUUCUGGACAGACUGUCACUGUGGACUGCAAUACCUGCACUUGCAAAAGGAGAAAAUGGGAUUGUACACUUCGUGAAUGUGAUGGAACCUGUACCAUAUAUGGAGAAGGACAUUACAUCACUUUUGAUGAUAAGAAAUUCUCUUUUAAUGGAGACUGUGGCUAUGUCUUCGCCAAGGACUACUGUGGGGACGAUAUGAAUGGCACCUUUAGGGUCCUGACUGAGAGCAUCCCAUGUGGAACAACUGGAAGCGUUUGCUCAACUGCUAUCAAGCUCUACUUAGGGAACCAUGAAAUUGUUCUUUCAGAGGAAAAUGUCAGAGUUAUCAAGCAAAGCAAAGGGGUGGACAUACCAUAUCAAGUCCACACUAUGGGCAUAUAUCUCGUCAUUGAGGCAAAGAAUGGUCUUGUUCUCAUUUGGAACAAGAAGACAACACUCAUGAUCCAACUCAAGUCCACAUUCAAGGGGAAAGUCUGUGGUCUAUGUGGGAAUUAUGAUGGAAACAUCAAGAACGAUUUUACCACCAGGAACAAAGAAGUUGUGGUUGAAGCCCUUGAGUUUGGAAACAGCUGGAAAGUGUCACCUACCUGCCCUAAUGCAAACACAUUAAAAAAUCCCUGCAUGCUGUACUCACACAGGCAGGCAUGGGCAUUGAAACACUGUAGCAUCAUUAACAGCCAAGUAUUUGCUGGUUGCCACUCAAAAGUGGAUCCAAAAAACUAUUAUGAUGCCUGUGUGACAGACACAUGUUCCUGCAACACAGGAGGAGAUUGUGAGUGUUUCUGCUCAGCUGUAGCAGCCUACGCAGCAGCCUGUAAUGAGGCCGGAGCUUGCGUGAAAUGGAGAACUCCCACAAUAUGUCCUCUGUUCUGUGAUUUUUACAACCCUGAUGGAAAGUGUGAAUGGCACUAUGAGCCUUGUGGGAAAAAAUGCAUGAAGACAUGCCGGAAUCCCUCAGGAGUAUGCUAUAAUCACAUUCCAGCAUUAGAAGGCUGCUAUCCAAGUUGCCCAUCUGAACGCUCUUAUUUGGAAGAAGAUACCAUGAAGUGUGUGUCACUGGAGGAAUGUGGCUGCUAUGAUAACGAAGGGAAUCAUUAUAAAGAAGGUGUGGUUAUCCUUCCAAGAGAAAAUUGUCAAAACUGUUAUUGUUCUUCAACAAAGGUUAAGUGCAGCUAUGACAUCCAAGCUUGCACCUGUUUAUAUAGAGGAAACACUUACAAGUAUGGAGAUACAGUCUAUGACACAAAUGAUGGAGAUGGAACCUGCAUCACAGCUUUUUGUGGGGAAAAUGGAAAUAUUACCAGAAUCAUGAAGACUUGCACUUCCACCCAGGCACCAACAUCAACAACAACAGUCUUUGUUUUUGAAACAUCUACCAUAACAGUGACGGAAAUACCUACUAUAACAGUCACAGAAAAACCUACCACCACAACAAUCACAGGAGAACCUACAACAACAACAGUCACAGAAAAACCUACCACAACAACAACAGUCGCAGAAAAACCUACCACAACAACCACAGAAAAACCUACCACACCAAAAGUCACAGAAACACCUACCACAACAAUAGUCACAGAAGAACGUACCACGACAACCAUCACAGAAAAACCUAUCACAACAGCAACAGGAGAACCUACCACAACAACAGCAGUUACACAAAAACCUACAACAAAAACAACAGUCAUGGAAACACCUACCACAACAGCCACAGAAAAACCUACAACAACAGUCACAGAAGAACAUGCCACUACAACCAUCACAGAAAAACCUACUACAACAGCUACAGGAGAACCUACCACAACAACAGUCAAAGAAACAACUACCAUAACAGCCACAAGAGAACUUACCACAACAACAGUCACAGAAAAACCUACUACAAAAACAACAGUCAAAGAAAAACCUACCACAAUAACAGUCACAGAAACAACUACCAUAACAACAGCAACAGAAAAACCUACAACAUCUGUCAUAGACAACCUUACCACAACAAUAGCCACAGAAAAACCUACCUCUACAACAACAUUCACAGAAAAACCUACCACAAUAGUCACAGAAGAACGUACCACAACAGUUACAGAAAAACUUACAAAAAAAACCACAGUCACAGAAAAGCCUACCACAACAACAGUCACAGAAAAACCUACCACAACAGUCACAGAAGAACAUCCCACAACAACAGUCACAGGAAAACAUACCACAACAACAGUCACAGAAAAACCUAUCGCAACAACCCAUUUUGUUGUAACAAAUGAAGUGGUUACAACAAUAUCCCCAUCAACAGGAAAACAUGUGGUUACAAUUGCAACCACAACAGUCACAGAAAAACCUACCACAACAACAUCCGUCACAGAAAAACCUACGACAAUAGUUACAGGAAAACCUACAACAACAACCACAGAAAAACCUACCACAACAACAGUCACAGGAACAUCUACUCAAAUACCGGCUGAUUGUAAGUGGUCAAAUUGGAAAAACGAUCAUUAUCCUCAUUUUGAAGAUGAUGGAGACUAUGAACCCAUUGAAAGAAUUACUGAUAUAGAUCUGAGUGUUUGCAUAAAACCUCUGGAAAUAGAAUGUAGAGCAACACAAUACAAGGAUAUAUCUUUGAACGAACUUGAUCAAAAGGUAACAUGCAACUCAACAAAUGGACUGAUCUGUCAUAACAAAGACCAAAUACCUCCUAUUUGUUAUGACUAUGAAAUACGAGUGAAAUGUUGCAUGGCUAGAUCAACCACCUCAGCAACAACAAAAACAUCACCCACAACAACAGUCACAGAAGAACCUACCACAAUUGCCAAGGAAAACCAUACCACAACAACAACCACAGAAAAACCUACCACAACAACCAUCACAGAAGAACAUACCACAACAACAGCCACAGAAAAACCUACCACAACAACAGUCACAGGAACAUCUCCUCCAAUACCGGUUGAUUGCAAUUGCAAGUGGUCAAAUUGGAAAAACGAUCAUUAUCCUCAUUUUGAAGAUGAUGGAGACUAUGAACCCAUUGAAGAAAUUACUGAUAUAGAUCUGAGUGUUUGCAUAAAACCUCUGGAAAUAGAAUGUAGAGUAACACAAUACAAGGAUAUAUCUUUGAACGAACUUGAUCAAAAGGUAACAUGCAACUCAACAAAUGGGCUGAUCUGUCAUAACAAGGAACAAAUGCCUCCUAUUUGUUAUGACUAUGAAAUACGAGUGAAAUGUUGCAUGGCUAGCUCAACAACCUCAGCAACGCCAAAAACAUCACCCACAACAACAGUCACAGAAAAACCUACCACAACAGCCACAGGAGUAACUACGACAACAACAGCCACAGAAAAACCUAUCACAACAAUAGCCACAGAAAAACCUACCUCGACAACAACAGUCACAGAAAAACCUACCACAACAGCCACAGAAGAACAUACCCCGACAACAGUCACAGGAGAACCUACCACAACAACAGUCACAGAAAAUCCUACUGCAACAACAUCCACUGAAAAAACAACACUGAGAGAAAAACCCAGCACUGCUGCUGCCACAACCCCAGAAAAAGAGACAGUGACGAAAAAACAAUCUACAGAAAAACCCACAAUAACCACUGGAACUCAGACUGUAACACCUUCAACUCUUCCGUCUUCAACACCAGGCAGAACAACUUUAUGUUUCUGCAAGUACAUGGGUCAACUUUUUUCUCCUGGUAGAUUUAUGUACAAUAAGACUGAUGGAGAAGGCUGGUGUUUCACUGCAUAUUGCAAUUUGACAUGCAAUGUAGAGAAGCUUGCUAGACCAUGUUACUCCACUACUCCACCAACUCCUCACACCACCACCACCACAACAAUCCCCACAAACCAACCCUGUUCAUAUCUUAAUCCACCUAGAAAGCAUGGCGAGUCCUGGAGUUUAAAUGGCUGCACCAGAGAUAGAUGCGACAAUGGAAUUGUAAUGACAGAACAUGUGCAAUGUAAACCAGUGACCAAGCCUGUAUGUGAAAAUAAGCUCCAACCAGUCAGGGUUUAUGAUGAAGGAGGCUGUUGUUUUCACUAUGAAUGCCCUUGUACUUGUUAUGGCUGGGGAGAUCCUCAUUAUUUGACAUUUGAUGGCCAGUAUUACAGCAUGCAGAAAAACUGCACAUAUGUCCUCGUGAAAGAGAUCAUGCCUAAACACAAUUUUAAGAUUCUUAUCAACAACGAAAACUGUGAUGCCUCUGGAACUGUGACCUGUGCUAAAUCCUUGAUUGUGUAUUACAAAAACUAUGAAGUUAUUCUUACACAGGACAGAAUCCCAAAGACCUUGAACAAGGUGUAUGUCAACGGCAAGCAGGUAGUCCCAACCUACUUAAAUGCUGACUUCAUCAUAACAAGUACAGCAAUUGAGCUGCUCAUGAGAAUCCCGGCAAUUAAUGCAGUUGUGAUGUUCAAAGGGCUUUUGUUCAGCGUUGACUUGCCGUUUGCCCUUUUCCACAACAACACAGAAGGACAGUGUGGUACCUGUGACAACAACAGUAAAAAUGACUGCCGAUUACCAAAUGGCCAGAUUAAUCCUACUUGCUCAGAGAUGGGAAGUUGGACUGUACCAGAUAAGAACAAGCCAUAUUGUGAUAAGCAGCCUCCAAUACCAAUCCCAACACCAACACGUACACCCAUACCCUGUAAACCUGACAUUUGUGAAAUUCUGAUCAGCAAGGUGUUUGAGCAAUGCCACAAAGUACUCUCACCACUACCAUUUUAUGAGGCUUGUAAAUUUGAUGUUUGCCACGAGGCCAAACCCACCUUCGGUUGUUUCAGUAUGGAUGUGUACUCCAAGAUGUGUGCUGAAGCAUCUGUCUGUGUACCCUGGAGGAAUGCUACAAACGGACUGUGUGAAUAUACAUGUCCAAAAAACAAGGUCUACCAGCCUUGUGGACCAACUGUUGUACAAACUUGCAAUGCAAGAUACAAUGAAGAGUAUGCACGAAAAUGCCAGGGAAUUAAUGGAAACCAGAAUCAAGCUUGUACUGGCUUUAUGGAGGGAUGUUUCUGCCCAGAGGGGCUGACGCUGUUCAGUUCAAAUUCUGACCUUUGUGUCUCUGUCUGUUGCACUGGGCCUGAUGGCCAACCUAAACAGCUCGGUGAGACUUGGCAGAGUGGCUGUAAUCAGUGUACUUGUGAUAAGAACGCCCUGAGUGUACGGUGUGAGCCUCUCAUAUGUCCCACUCAAGAACCAAUAACCUGUAAAGAGAAAGGAGAGGUGUUGGUGGCCCAAACAGUGGACUGCUGUGAGAGACUGACCUGUGUACCCAAAGGUGUCUGUGUCUUCAAUGAUACUGAGUACCAGCCUGGUAUGGAUUUCUUCAAAAACCCAUGUGAAGCAUGCCGCUGUACUGGAAGUCAGGAUCCUAACAGCAAGUUGAACACUAUUACGUGUCAUGUGGAGCAGUGUCCCCCCCCACUGUGUUCAGAGGGCUAUGUGUAUGAAAACACACCUGGACAAUGUUGUGGAUCAUGUAAAAAAACAAGCUGUGUUAUGGAGGUACCAGGUUUCACUUCUCCGAUAAUUAUUAAGCCUUCUGAGUCGUGGUCACCACCAAAUGACAACUGUACCAAGUAUGAUUGCCAAAAGGUGAAGAAUGAGUUCAUAACAUAUCAAACAAAAACAACAUGUCCUGCAUUUGAUCCAAAGAACUGCGUUCCCGGAACUGAACAAAGUGACAUCAAUGGUUGUUGCAAAACUUGUACUCCUCUUAAGAGCUGUCAAAUAACCAGGAACACCACCUAUCUGCAGACAAAGAACUGCAAGUCAGUUGUUCCAGUGGAAAUCACAGCCUGUGCAGGAUCCUGUGGAGCGUCCUCAUCAAUAUACUCUGCAGAAAGCAACCGUUUGAUGCAUUCGUGCUCGUGCUGUCAAGAAAUGACCACCAGUACAAUGAAAGUGAAGAUGACCUGCACUGAUGGCAGCACGAUGGAGCACUCCUACAUUUCAGUUGACAAGUGUGGUUGCCAAGUCGCUGAAUGUAAAGACACAUAAAAACUAAAAAACUAACUUAAUUAAAGGAAAACUAAAAUACUUUAUUAAACUUUAGCAACUCCUCUCCAAAAACUAUUAGAGUCAAGACUCGAUAUGUGAAGACACACACACACUCCUUAGGAUUCAGCUUCCCAAAUAAGGGUGAAUAAGUUAAACCUUUUAAACAGCAGAGAUGUUGUGUCCUGAUAUCUCUUUUAGCUUUUGAAGAGGUUGAUCUUUUUGCAAACUAAACAAUGUGGUGUUUUCAUUCUUACAGGGUCUUUUUCUUACUGUUAAUGUAAAUGACUUAAGCGAUAAACGACACAUGAAUGGAGUUAGAUAGUGCAGUCCAAGUUCAUGUAGAUGUCAUUGUCUUUUGAAGAAUGGGAUUAUUUUUGUGGUAAAAGAUUUAAAACAUGGAUGAAUUUUAAAUGGUUUUAGGACCAUCAACAUAAAUGAUCUUACAACCCAUUGAAUACAUAAUGAAAAGAGUGUAAAGAAUAUCCAAACUAUCUUUGUCCAUCUUCUAAUGUGUUAAAUCUGUCAGUCAUUAAAACUCUCAUGUUUGCUGAA